UAAAUUAAUGCAAAGACUACUUGGUGUAAAUGUUUUACUUGUAAAAAUAUAAUUAAGGUAAAUUAUAAUUUACCUAAGUACGAUAAUGUCAAACUUAGUCAAACCCGCUGAUCGUUACGCUGGACUCGACACAAGAUUUUGGGCUGACAUCGUGCACAUGGCCGAAGUGAAUAAAGCAAUUAAUCUAGGUAUGGGAAUGCCGGACUUCAACGCCCAGCCACAGUCUAUUAUGGACGCCAUGUGCGAUGUGUUAGUCGAUGGCCACUAUUCGCUACAUCAAUACACAAAAAGUCCAGGUCAUCCGAGAUUAGUGAAAGUGUUGGCCAAACUAUAUUCACACCUAUUGAACAACGAGGUAAGAGAUGACAACAUCCUGAUAACUCUGGGCGCCUAUCAGGCCAUACACUGCGCGCUGUACGGCCUAAUUAACCAUGGUGAUGAGGUGAUCAUAAUUGAUCCGGCCUACGAUGCC